AUGUCUGAUCCUUUCUCGGUCGCGGCUGGCGCAGUCGGUGUUAUUUCACUAGGCAUCCAGCUGUGCAAAGAGAUUUCUAGCUACACAGAGGCCUGGCAGGGUUACGAUGGAGACAUCCAGAGCAUUGGCGCCAAGGCUGAGUCGCUAAAAACCCCUUUGAAGAGGCUCCGAGACCUCGUCGAGGAUACCCGACUGACCGAUACGGAGAUUACGAAUGAUAUCAAUGAGAAGGCACUUGGACUCGAGCAUCAAGUUCAAAGACUUGAGAAGAAGCUUAACCUGAUCAAGCCUGUAUUCUCUGACAAAACAUCAGACAAAUUCCGCAACAAGCUCAAAAAGGUUGCAUAUCCCGUCGUCACGCGAGAUGCCCUACGGGAUAUCAAAAGUGACUUGGAUAGUAUGCAAUCAACGAUACAGAUGACACUGGCUAUAUUUAAUGCCCAGCAAGCCCAGAAAUCCCAAGCCACGCAAGAGAAGAUGGUUCGAUUGAUUGAAGAAAUUCAUGUAACCAUGUUGAGCGUUUCAUCAAAGUGCAUGCCGGCACCUGGUUUGCUUCGAUCCUUGUGUGACCGCAGUGACGAAGAUGCGCAAUUGGUCCAAAAGCAAUUACAAUCAACUACAAUUAGCCAAAGUGACAUCCCCGAUCUACAAGCCAACGUAACCUGGCCAAUGCUGGUUCAUCGGAAUAAGCGCAAAUUUACAACAAAGUCAGUGGAAAGAGCGUAUCAAUAUCACAAUUACUGGCUCCGUCGCACUAUCAAAUUCUCAUUCUCGCUUUCAACUGGAGCUGGAGGCUUCUCCAUCGCACCUUCUUUGCAUCUAUGCAAUCUUCUGGGAUGGGACAGUUGGGCGUGUGACAAAUCAUUAGAUAUGAACACAUUCAACUGGUUGUGGGUUCCAAAUUUCAAAGGAAACGUGGAUGAUUUGAUCCAUGACUUUCGAGUUGCAUUUUCUGCUGGCAAAGCGACACCCUCAGAUAUGUUGAGCCACGGUGGACAAUGGCUUUCUCUUGUGGACGUCUUUCACUCUUUUUUCCUCAGGGAGGAUGAAAUUGAGACUCGCAAGUUGACUCAGUUUCUAAUAGAUUGUGGUUCUAUACCUGAUAACGCAGCAAAAUUUGGGUUUCUACAGAAGAUGUCCUCUGCAAAAUUCUGGGAAGCGGAUGAAUACACGUUCGCCGUCCAGUUAAUCAACAUUGGGGGUCCCUUAGGUACCAUGCCACGUACGCGUGCUGGAAAGACGAAUAUGAAAGGCCUCCUCAAAAGAGACGAGGAAUUAAUCGACCUACCCGGUAUAGCGAAAGCAAUUCUCCGAGAAUCAGAGGCAGAUCUGCGAGAGGCGUUAGAUUUAGGACCCGAAGGACCUAACGAGGUAAUCCAGGGUAUAUCUCUGCUGGAACUCGCUGUUGGAUGGCCUGCUGGCGUACGAGUUCUGUUGGAAUCUGGAGCAGAUGGCACUGGAGUCGCUCUAAGUCGCUCGCCUUGCAGACCAUGCGAUGUGAAUGAUAUUGACUGUGAUACUUACUAUGACUCAAUGAUUCCUCUGCUUCAAGCCGGAUGUAUAGUUAAAUCAGCGGACAUAUUAUUUUGCGAAUCAUCCAAGGUACGAUUAUUGCUUAGCCAUGACCUUGUCAAGCGACGAAAAAAGCUACAAGCACUAGCAUAUUCUUCCUUGCCCUCGCAGAGGCUCGCCGAACUAUCUGCAGGUGCUGGUGAAAACGUGACGGGGAUUCCGGAUAUCCACGCUUUCCAAAUUUACACCGAACUACUUAAGCAAGGCUUUACAAUUGACCCUUCGCUAAAAAUACGCGAAGAUAAUUCUCCGCCAAUAUACCAUCGGCGUAUUGCACACGUGGAAGCUUGGGAGGAGCUCUACCAGCUUGGCUUUCGAGAAAUCGAUACUCCAGAUGCAGAGGGCCUCACACCAUUGAUGGUUCAACUCACAUACGUCAAUGAAUUUUCAACCGACCCAAACCGUUCUCUGGCACGCAUCCUAUGGCUGUUUCAUAAAGGGGCGAGUUUAGCAAAACCCCUGCCAUAUUCCAAGGGGACAGUGGCACACUUGGCCAGCUCGUGGAUGAUCGGCGAGAUCCUACGUAUGAUCUGCUUGGACGAGUAUGACGGCCGUAAGAGGUGGCCGGGAUUCGUGACAAAACUUAGAGAAUAUAGGGAAUCCAUUUUCCUGGUUCCCUCUGUUUGUGAUAACUGCAUCUGCGCAUGCUGUCCUGGCGGAUGUACUACUUUCUUAGUGGCACUGCGAGCUCUUAUCGCACUCUUCAAGAGGACUGAUUUCUCGUUGAGCGAAGCAGCGGAGGAAUUUCGCCUUAUUCUUUCUUUUCUGGUUCAGUGGACUGAUACCAGACCCGGGAUAAAUCAUACCAUCAUUCGAUCUCUCACAUUUCAUGCCUUGGGCUUGCGGCACACAUGUUGCGCAGAGAUUGACGACUUGGAGUUUUCGAGCCCUAGGUGGAGUAAUGUCAGAGAUGAGCAAGAUAUUGAAGACAUUCUGGAAGAAGAUCAUUAUUUUUACCAUGAACUCGAUCGACUGAUUUCUGAGUUCGGAAGGGAUUUCGAUCAGCUUGGAUUGCCUAUCAUGGAGUUCUUGGACAAGGUGUGGCAUGCCCGUAUGAUUGAGUAUCUUUCAACACCUGGCUCUUACGAUGAAGAGCACAUCCAUCAGACUAGGAAUCUUGGAAUCUUCCUGGAGCCGCAUGAGAUUGACAUUCCCGACAUUAUCUACUACUUUGGCAAUCAGGUCGAAGAAGUUACAUCGGAUAGUGUGAAUGGAGCAACUUUCAUUUUUCUCUUGUAA